AUGGACAAAGAGCUCUCGGCAUCCCAGCAAGAUGAGGCCCUCUGGGCGCAGGUCGGCGGUUCCUUCCUGACGCAAGAACUUGUGUGCAUGGAAGUCGACGAGGACUCGUUCGAGGUCGAGCUGGCCCUUGCUAUCACUCCCCCUCCGGAAUCGAAAUCUCGCCGAAACAAUAGGCAAGACUCCAUCAGUACGACCGCCUCGACGUCGACGGCCUCGACCUCGGUGUCUAGUGUUUUGUCCCGGGCUCCUACACGCAACAGUUCCAUGACUACACAAUCUGGAGAUGAUACGCUGGUUCUAUCGAAUACGUCGCUUGACACUCGCAAGACCUCGAUACGCUCUAGCAUUGCGAUGCCUCCAAAGAAACGCGAGGACUACGUCAGAGGAGCUCCGGACUCUUUGCGCAAGAAACCGAACCCAGCAGCGUCUCUCCCAACGCCUCAGUCUAUAACGCCACGUGUUGUACGGCAACCUCAGGACGACCGACUUCCUUCCCUCGCUGACCAAGCCAGUCGUGAUACAAAGCGUGCAAGACUCGAGCCCUCGUCCUCGUCUCGCCAGAACGCGCCUGCGGCUAUCACGACACCGCCAACUUCUGCAAGAGUCCGUGCGCCUACUACUCCUGCAGCUCCGACACCUCUACAGCCCCCCGACUUCACUCCAGAGCGACGCAAUCAUGUUCCCUCUAAGCUGACAGACCCUGGGCAGCCACGCCCAGUCGCUGCUCCCAUCCCCGGACCUUCUUCGAGUUCUCAUAUCUCGAAAAAGAUGGUCCAGUUGCUUGCCCAGAGGACAACGCCGUCCAAGUAUACUGCUUCCGUUACGACGACGAGUACGAUCGCUGCUUCCAGCUCUCCUGCUCCUGCUUCCAUUCCUGCUGCUCCCGCCGCUGUAUCAUCUCUGCCCGAGCUGGACUUCGUGCUCGGCGAUACUGUUCAUCUGCCACACGAGCUCGUUGCCCACGGAUCCUAUGCCGCUAUGCCCCACGUGGAAAACGUAGUGGCGGAUGCCGCCACGCCCCGUUGA